AUGGCGGACCACGAGUAUACGAGUCUCAAAGUCCUAUUACAAGGUAGCAGCACGGAGGGGAAGCUUGCUUCCGUGCCGGAGGAGAGCACCACCGGCUUCACGGAUGCCUUGCCGCCGUCCGACUCCUACCGUGACUCAAUCCGGAGGGUCAGCGUCGUCUGCUCCGACUGGCGCAUCAGAUCCCGUCAGAGUGGAUCCACCGACUCUGCUGCCUCGAGGUCCACCAACUCCAGCUACUCCUCCAACUCAGCGUCCAUCGGCACAGCAGACUUGGGUACCAGCGAGCUCCGGAAGAUUGCUCAGAGAAUGGCCAGUGACGGUUACACCCAACGCAUGGUACAAGCAUUCCACACCGUAUCUCUCACGCAUACAUUUGGCCAGGACCGUGCGCUGAGGAAGUGGUUCAUCGAGCUCGACGUCGACUGGGUUCUCGAUGUAUUGCUGAAGCUACUUCUCGAAGAGGCAUCUGUGUAUUCACUAAAAGAAUUGGUCAGGAGGUGGAUCCGAGCUCUCACAGUAAUUGUGGCCAGUGUCACCACCAUCAGUGACACGCCAGCGGCCGCACAAUUUGUCACAGCGAGUGUCUCAGCAAUGCUCGUCUUUGUCGAUGCCAUGGUCCAGGUUAACGGGGAGGAGAAGCUACAGGCCAUGCUACAAAUGUAUAUCUGUGUGUGCAGUGCAUCGUAUGGCAUCUUGCCGCACACGAUCAGUUCAGGUGCCCAAAGCAUUUUGAACGAUAUAAACAGCUCAAUGGACAGACAAGGGAACAAGUUAAUCGAGUCCAUAUGUGACACGAUGGUGCAGGUGAGGCGGACACUCAUGAAGGAUGACAACUUGUGUGCCACCGAGAUUCUGGAAGGAGGAGGUAAGGUUCACAAGAACACCCGGUUGAUGGUGGAUUACAUAGUUUUGAUGAGUAAAGCACAUGCUUCGACACUGAAGAACUCUGGACAGAGCCACAACACCGGAAAGCUUGAAGACCUGAUACAUUACACAAUUGAUUAUCUGAACAAUUUGCUUGUGCGAAAAUCAGAGCUGUGCUCGGAUCCAAGCCUCAGGUAUUUGUUCCUGCUCAACAAUUCAUAUUUCAUUGUGCAGAUGGUGUCCAAGACAUCGGUAUCUUUAAAUCUUGAGCAGUUGUGUGGACACCAAACAGAACUUAAACUUACUCCUGAAUGUGAGAAGUACAUGGAUAGUUAUCUCGAUGUUUCUUGGAGAAAUGUGUUGUCCUUUAUACCUAAAUCGAAUUUUCACGGACCACUCCGUCGUUGGAUCCACACCACUUCGCUGGCUAAAUUCCAGUCAGCGUUUGAUAAUACGUACCAGGCUCAGAAAUUCUGGAAGGUGCCAGAACCCCGUCUCCGAUCCUUACUGCGGGAAACUAUCAUCAAGCGAGUCAUUUCAGCUUAUAAUGACUACCUGAAGGAACAUCCAGAGCUACAAAAACACGUUAGUGGCGGAAGCAGUAGCCCUAAAGUUUUGGAGGAGAUGUUGGGAGAGCUGUUUGAAGGAUGA